AUGAAAUUCGGCCAGGACUAUGAAGCGGCACUCGCUCGUGGCGAGUAUCCUCCCAACUGGGUCGACUCGGCCAUCUCGUAUAAGAAGCUGAAGAAGUGCAUCAAACGCGUGCAGAGAGAACUUCUCGGUCUGGGCCUUGAUAAGGACACCCUUGACGCCCUCUGGCAGCAUGUUGAUUCAGGUGCUGGGAAUCCGUUUGGAGAAGGUUUGUUGCACUACUCGCUGGACGGCAACGACUACAGCUUUACGCCCAGGUUGACCAUCGUCGUCGAUCCCCGCGACGGCUCUCCCAUGGACGCCUGGUUGAGUCCGGAAACCCGGCGAAACUUAUUGCGCCUUGCCCGGAAUUCUCGGGCGAACGUCUCAACCGCCCGCGCUUGGCCAGAGUCCGUGGAUGGACGAGCCAGAGACUGGGCUCCCGCAGAAACGAGGGGUUCCGAGCCAGAGGGUGACUCUGCGGCAGCGGACCCCGACCCGGACCAGGACCAAGACCAGGACCAGGUGCAGACCGUCGAAAUCCCUUUGACCUCUGACUCGGAGUUCUUCCAAAUCCUGCGGCGCGAGCUCUCCGACUUGGACCAUCUGCAGGAGGCCGAGCAGACGCGACUACGAGAGGAGAUUGUCAAGCUGGGGAAUGAGCUGCGUGUGGUGAAAGCAUCCAAAUCUAAGCGAUCCAAGGAGGAAGUAGACGCAUGGCGGCAGAUCCUUGAACUCUACUCGGACGCCGAAGUCUUCGCCUCGUCGCACGAAGUCGACGCCGGGGCGCGCGACGCCGCGCAUGCACAGAAACAGUUUCAGGAGUUCAGUCAGGCGCUUUCGCUUCAACAACGUGCCGGCUUCAAGCUGGGCAAGGGGGCCACAAUGGCCCUGGACCGCUUUCUACGCAUUAAUGUCAAACUGCUCCGGCUGCUCCGAUUCCAAGAAAUCAAUCGCACCGCCCUUCACAAAAUCAUGAAGAAAUUCGACAAACGCACCGCGUUGCACGCCCGGUCCCACGUUUCGACCGCAUUGGUCAAAUCGCCCUUUAUUGCGCAGGAUCUGGCCAAGGCCACCUGCUUCACCAUCUCCGAAGAGAUCCUGAAGAUCAUCCCCCAACUCAACGACUACCUCUGCCCAAUCUGUUUCAGUAUUUCCUACAAACCUGUCCGUCUGCGGUGCAAGCAUGUCUUUUGCAUCCGAUGUCUGGUUGUCUUGCAGAGAGAGGGACGGGACCAUUGCCCUCUCUGUCGAGAAGAUGUGGUGCUGGAAGCCACCAGUGAAAACCUCGACCGGGAGUUGAUGAAGUUCUUGAAAGCCAACUUCAAGGGCGCGGUCAAGCAGAAGCAGCGAGACAACGAGAUCCAAGCUGCGAUCGAUCGCUGGGGGGCUCAGUACGAGAAUGCGCAGAAAUGCACGGUCAUGUAA